GUAUGAGUGUAUCUGUGCGCGCGCAUGCUUUCAGUCUUUGAGUUGUGCGCGUGUUGUUAUAUAGCCUAGAUAAACUGCUGACUCUGGUCUCAACGGUCAAAUAGUGGAAUACAGGACUUAGCAGUAAAAGAUAAAGAACACGUUUAAAUCUGUUUUAUAUAUCGUUUUAAAUGGAUUUAGGUCUAAGUAGCUCUGAGACAGUAUUGAUACAGAAAGAGAGAGCGAGAGAGUGGAAAAAAGAAGGAGAGAGAGGGAGAAAGUUGAGACAGUAUUUCCUGUUUGGAAGAUCAACCAUCUCGGGACUGAAGACUUAAUUUCCUUCGAGCGAGAACUACAAGACACAUACACACACACACAUAAACACUAACACAUGCAAACACACAUGCACAUCAAUACACACAUGCUCACAAACAGAAAUACACACACAUACACCCACAAACAUAUUUUCAAGAUGUCAGAAAUGUGGGAGUCGUCAGAUUACGAGCCUCGGCUUCCUGUUUCGGAGAAAUCCAACCCCCUGACGUGUGACAUCGACAGAGCCACGCCCAAUCAGAUUGUCAAGCUGCUGGAAGCGUGCGAUGCACAGAUGUUUCAGGAGGAGACAGGAUCAGUGUACCAGAGGUUCUUCAGUAAUAGUAUCGUCCAAACAAUGUUGGAGAUAUCCAAACAGGUGGAGAUUAUUCUGAAGGACCCAGAAGACAGUAUUGUAGUUCUAAGUGGCUGUGGGACCUCAGGUCGACUAGCCUACCUUCUGGCAACUUGUUUUAACAGAGCCCUGAGACAGCAGAGUCAGGAGCUUCAGUACUGCUACAUCAUAGCUGGAGGAGACAGAGCUCUUCUCACCUCUCAGGAGGCCCCAGAGGACAACCCUGAACUGGGCAUGCUCAGUCUGAUGAAGCUCUGUGAGGGGAAGAGGCAUGUCUUGUUCAUCGGUAUUUCCUGUGGCCUCUCUGCUCCGUUUGUGGCGGGCCAGCUGGACUUCUGCCUGCAGCAUCCUGACGUCUACGUUCCGGUUCUGGUCGGUUUCAACCCAGUGUGCCAAGCCAGGACUGAGCCUAUGCCAGGGAGCUCUCUCACCUUCAAGGGUGUGGUUCAGAGGAUGCAGGAACUGCAGGGAAGUCAAAGGGCAUUCAUCCUUAAUCCUGCCGUCGGGCCCGAGGCCGUCAGUGGCUCCUCCAGGAUGAAAGGAGGCAGUGCCACCAAGAUCCUGCUGGAGACCAUCCUCUCUGCUGCACACAGAGCUGUGUACUCACACACACCCAUCACACACAGUGGUGUGACAGAGCAUCUGAGAAGGUACCAGAAGAGUGUGGAGUUGACGUACAGCCAUAGUGAGGACAUCGCUUCACUCCUGCAGAGUGCAGGGUUCAGUCUGCAGCGUGCUGGGCGUGUGUGUUACCUGGGCUGGGGGUCCCUGGCUAUGAUGGGGCUCAUCGAUGCCAGUGAGUGUAUCCCCACGUUUGGAGCAGACUAUGAUGACAUCAGAGGCUUCCUCAGUGGAGGGUAUGAAGACAUGGGGAACACGGAGGGCCCUCUGUCCUCGCUGGGUCCUCAGUUCGGCAUCUCCCACAAGGACUUUGUCCGUCUGGUUCUUCCCACGCUGACUGAUCAGGACACGGUGGUGCUGCUCUGCUCACACAGCGAUGAUGCUGUUGGCGUGGAGACCAUGGCACGCAGAGUGAGAGACAGGACAUCAAGUCUGCAUGUUCUCUACCAUGGACAGGAGAAUGGCACUGUGCCUGACAACCUCAGAAGUCUGUGUUCGUCCACACUUAAUAUCCGCUGGCCAGGGUCUUCCUGUGGCAGCAGCCUACACAUGUGGGAGCUUUCCACCAAGCUUGUGUUGAAUGCUGUCAGUACAGGAGCUCACAUUCUGAGGGGAAAGGUCUACAGGAACCACAUGAUAGACCUGCAGGUGUCAAACAGCAAACUUUACCACAGAGCCAUUCAGCUGCUGCAGAAGCUGUCUGGUUGUCCAGGGUGCCAGUGUGAGACGGCUCUGUUGAAGGCUCUGUAUGACACAGAGGAUCUCCCCACCUACGUUCUCUCGGCCUCACUCAACACACACACGCUCACAGCCAGUCGCAGGAGCAAGGUAGUCCCGCUGGCCGUGGUCUGUCUUCUGACUGGUUGUUCCCUGGCGGACGCCAAGUCCCACCUGGAUUCCCGCCCAGUGUUGCGUGAGGCUGUGGAGGUGUGCCAGGCAUCCUCACCUUUUGGCAAGCCAUGACGUCACGAACAAGGAAGUGAAGAUCUAACUGGCUUCUUGGUUACCCUUGUUGAACCCAAAAUAAAGACAAGAAAAUAAAAACAAUGACGAUGAAAGAAAACAUAA